CCUGCAAUUGGCUUGAGGGCUCUGGCGGCCAGGGCUAUAAGGCAGGGAGGGCCCGGGAGCCGCCAGCUCGCAGCCCCUCCAGCCAUCGCCCCCCGGAGCAGCCGAGCCGGGACGCACCAUGGCGCUGAGCGACACGACCCUGCCCUCGUUCGCCACCUUUGCCAGCCCCUGCAGGGAGAAAACUUUCCACGAAAGAUGGAAAUGUGACCAGGAGGACAAGGCCCCUGUCAACAGCUGCACCAUGCCAGAACUAAGGCCUGGACUGGGCAGCCUCUCUCCUCGCAAAGAGGAUGAAGAUCUCAACAACGUUUUGGAUUUUAUCCUUUCCAUGGGCAAUGACAACUUCAGCCAGAACUCACCUAGUGGGGACUAUCCCUCAGCACAGACAGAGCCUAGCAGCUUCUACCAGACAAAUCCAUCUUCUGGAUGCUACAGUUCCCUGGGCCAGAGCAAUCCACCUCCUUACAACUCCAGCCUCAUGUCAGAGAUGAUCAGAUCUGAAAUGGACUCAAACUUCUGCCUCCCUAACCAUGUCCAGGGACGAUUCUUUGUGACAUCCAGCUUUGGGAGCCCACACUUUGUGGACAACAUUAAACCAGAACCUGACAUGGACAGUUAUGGGCCCGUCAUGGGUCUCGUCCCUCAGACAUGCCCUAAGAUCAAGCAAGAAGGCAAUGCAACCUGCAUGAUGGCCUAUGAGCAGCCCAGGAUGGCCAGCUCACCCCAGAUCCCUGGCACAGAGACACCCCCUCUGAGCCCUGAUGACCUCAUGGUGACUGACUGCCAAGCACAGAUGAUCUGCCCCUCGUCAAUGUCAUUCCAACAAAGCUAUCACCCUGCCACAGGCUUCCACCAUCACCAGACCCACUUCCAGUACCAGAGUGCCUCUCAGUUUGGCUUGUUUGAGGACAGCCUGCCCUUGCAACCCUCAGCUCCAAGAGGCAUGCUAACUCCUCCUUCCUCUCCCUUGGAGCUGAUAGAUUCCAAGCCCAAAAGAGGGCGACGAUCCUGGCCCAGGAAGAGGACAGCCACACACACAUGCACCUAUGCAGGCUGUGGGAAAACCUAUACCAAGAGCUCCCACUUGAAGGCACACCUUAGAACACACACAGGUGAGAAACCUUAUCACUGUAACUGGGAAGGCUGCGGCUGGAAGUUUGCUCGCUCUGAUGAACUGACUCGUCACUAUCGCAAGCACACUGGCCACCGGCCCUUCCAGUGCCACCUCUGUGACAGGGCUUUCUCUAGGUCAGACCACCUGGCGCUGCACAUGAAAAGGCACAUGUAGCUAUAGAGACUCUGUACUGCACAUCAGACAUUAUUUAACUGCUCAGGUGCAGAAUCGUUCAAAAAUCUGUAGCUGGUACUACUUAGAGAGGCAACAAAGCUCUAGCCAUGGAUGGUAAGGAAGAAUUUGACUCAAGGAGGUUUAGCCUGUCAUCUCCUGAAGAGAAUUUAAAGGGACUGUAUCAGUGUGACUGUCCGCUUCACUCAAGAGAAUAUGGUUUAUUUAUAGAGCUUCUGUGAAGGGUAAACUCAACAAGACUCCAUGCAGAUUGUAUAGAAGAAGCUGUAAAUACUGUAUCUCUGAUUGUAAUUGCCCAAUACAUAAGCUUUAUAAGACAAUGUUUGUAUGGAAACUGCCUGAAGUCAACCCUAGAUGGGAUUAAAUGAAUGUUACUGUCGCUGAUGAUAUUUUUAGAUUUCAGUUGAAGGCAUGGCUAAGAGAAACACUCUGAUUGUUAGACUAUUUGUUUCACUGGUGCAAUAAUAUUCUUGUCUGCCAUGAUCUACACUAGAAGUACAGGGCUUGAUGUCUUGUAAAAAAAAAAAUAACCUAUUUUACUGAUUGAUUUUUUUUAUAUAUUGUAAAUAAUUUUAUAAAUUGAGAAAUGUUGUAAUGUAUUAUGUAAAUAAGACAAAUGGGCAUUUUGCCUAUUUCUGUUUUUAUAAAAAAAAGUAGCAAUUUUUCAAUGUUUUAAAACAUUCUCCCUUUUUAAUAAAAUAAAUGUUUAAGAGA